AUGUUCGACAAAUUUAAAAAUAUUAUUAAUCUAAAUAAAAGUAACGCAGAAAAAGAAGAACCAAAAAAUGUUGAGAUAAAUGAAAAUCAAGAUUCUAAUUCACCACCACCUGAUGAAACCCCCGUCGGAGAAGCGGAUGAAAAAACUUUUUUUGACGAGAUGCUAGGGGCACCCCAAUAUACUUAUGAUGAAUUUUUGGAAGUUUUAAGAGCUCCUCAAGAAGAAAGAGGAGAUACAGAAGAUGCAAAAAAACAUUGGGGAUACCCUAGGAGGUGGAAAGUUAUUUUGUGGGAUUUACAAAUUCAGAAUUAUAUGAACAAUGACUUUAAUGCUUUUGUAGAUUUUGAUUUUGGUGGUAAUAGAGAAGAGUGUAGGAUACAAAGGGGAACAACUAUGAAAAUAUAUGCAAAAGGAAAAACAAAAAACAGUCUAAGAACUCAUGUAGUUUCUAAUGUUGCUGCUGAACAAAAAAAAAAUAUGAAUUUCCGGAAUGUUUUUGAAUAUAGAGGCUCUUAUUUAGAUUUAGAAAACGAAAAAUUAAGAAUAAAAGUAUGGGAGUAUAAACAAUUUACAUUAAAUAAAUUAGAAGGGAUAUAUGAAGAACCAUUACUAUCUUUUGCUGUUGGAGAGGUAUAUAAUGAAACAACUCUAUAUAAAUUUAUAAAGGAUUCAAGAGUUAAACGUUGUCGCUUAUUUUUUCAAUUAUAUUUUCAAGAAUUGUAUGAUUUUGAAUUAUCUUUUUUAAAUUGGUCUUUUAGUGAUUUAUUAUCGUCUGCAUGUAUGCAAGCUAGAAGCCUAAGCUAUCUUGCAGAUCCAGAUAAAAUAAAAAAAAGAUACAUAGAAGAUGGGAAAUGUAAUAUUUUUCCUUUCGUUUGUAAAAAUACAAGGAAAUUAAAAAAUAAGAAUAAGUUUGGAAAAAAAAAGUCCGAUAAAAAUACAAAUCCAAAUUUAUCUUUUAAUACUGCAGCUUCAGAAGAUUCAAUUGAUAGUACAAAAAAUAACGAGACUACAAAAAACCUAGAAAAUUUGUUUUUUCGAAAUUUGAGCUUAAUGCAAAAUGUAGAAGAAAAUGAGGAUUUAUCUUAUAAAAAAUUAGAAAAUGUUAAAUUACCUAAUCCUAGAGUAACAAUUACAUUAACACAUACACCAAAAGGCCAUGAGGGAUUAAACUUAGUAUCAAUAGAACAAAAAAAUAUUGACUUCCCUAUAUGGGAUAAUUUGGGAGAAAUAUAUUUUAGAGGAACACUAAGAGAUCUGGAUGUUUCCUAUUUAAAUAUUAAAGUAGAAGAUAUGUCAGCACCUAAAGCAAUCCGAGAAAUUGGAAUUUGUCAGAUUCCAUUAAAAGGAAUCGUUGAUUAUCCAUAUGUUAUGCAUGAAUUAGAGGCACCUUCAUGGCUGAUUGAAGAGGCAAAAUAUGAAGGUUGGGAAAAAAAAUUAGAAGAAUGGAAACUAGGAACUCUAGAAGGAAAAGUCAUGAUUGCAAGAGUACCUAGGUAUAGACAAAUAGGAGAUAUUUAUCAUGUGGAUCAUAGACAUUGUUAUUUAAUUGUUCAUAUAUUACAUAUAGAUCAAAUUGUUACUAUAGAUAAUAUUAAAGAAUUAGAUAGUUAUGUAGAGGUGUCUUUUGAUGAAACUAGUAGAAGAACUAGAGUAAUUAAGAAAACGUUGGUCCCUAAUUACGACAGUCUCAUUUCUAUACCUUUAAGAUUUAAUAAUAAAAAUGAAAUAAAUUACCAAAAUUUUAGUAAAAAAGGGCGUAUAUAUAUAGAUGUAUGGGGAAAAGCAGAAGAUAUUGUAUAUAUAGGUGGAACUUCCAUAAAUCCCUAUGAAAUAUUUUUUAAUGAAAAAAAUUUAAAAAGAAGUACAACUAAAUUAGAACAUAUAGAUUUAGAAACUAAUGUAAAAACAAAUUAUGAUACUAUUGUUUUCAAAGGAUGUAAAAAGUUGUCAUUUUUACAUGAUGAUCAAAGAAUGUCAAAUAUUCAUUUUAGUAUAUGGACCUAUCCAGAUAUAUUAAGUAAUGAUAAUGAUAAAAUAUCUGCACCACCUGUUUUUAAUACCACAAUGAAUUUUCCAAUUAAAUUAGCAGAAAAAUAUGAAAAAUUAAAAAGAUUAUAUAUGGAAGUAUUAAAAACAAUAAAAGCUAUACCUGAGAGUUGCGUUGAUAUUUCAACUUCUAAAAGGUUUUUUAAUUAUGAAUUAUAUAAUCAAAGAAAAGAAUAUCAUUUUCUACCUACAUUAAUAACUAAUAUCAAAUCUCCAUAUUGUGCUGAAUCAACUAACGGAAUAUUUCAUUAUAUACGGUGUAUACCUUUUAUUCAUAAAAAAGAAAAUUUAGCGUUUACACCGGAUUUUACUUUACAAUUAAAAGGAGGAAAUGCUUUAGAUCACAGCUUAUUGCUAUGUAGUUUGUUUUUAGGUAUCCCAGUUAUUUCUUUUGUAUGUUUUGGAACAUUAUGGGAUAAUCAAAAGCACUCGUGGGUUGCUACUUUUGAGUUUAAUGAAGAAAAAAAUUAUGGUCUUGUAAAAUUUUGGGAAACAACUACUGGUAACGUUUAUGUUUUAAAAAAAAGAUUUCAAGAUUUAAAUAAACUGAAAGGUAUAGAAAUAAAAUUAAGUGAAACAAAAUAUAAAUCACAUUUAAGAUAUGGAUUUAUACAAAAAAACAAUGAAAAUAAUGCAAAUAUGAGUAGUAUUAAAGAAGAAACAAAAAGACAUAUUAAACACCUAUUUAAAAAUAGACAAACAGAUGUACCUAUAGGUGGGCCAUCUUUGCCUUAUAAGACUAUAGAUCUUAUAUUUAAUAAUAAAAAUAUUUAUUUAAAUUUGCAAGAUCCGAAUCCCUUAAAUAUUUGGUAUGAUUAUUGGAGAUUUGAUUUUUGGUUUCCUUUCUCUUCUAUUGAAUACAAUAUACAACCUUGUUUUACUAUAAAAAGUUUCAGUCACAAAAUGGAAGAUAUGGAAUUGGAUAGAAUUGCAAAAGACCUUAGAAACAAUAUUGAAAAAAAUAUUACUAUUUUUAGAGCUUCAAGGAAUUUAUCUACUCGUUGGAAUCGUGAUGAAACCCUAGAAUUAUUUUUACAAGUUGGUUUAGAACUACUUCAUCAAUUAAAUACAUCGAGGAAUGAAGAUGCACUGUUAGCAAAAGUAAAAAUUGAAGAUUGGAAGAAAGCUUUAUAUUAUAAAGUACCUCAAAGUCAUAGAUUAUUAGGAUUUCCUUACCAUUUUAAUACAUCAAAAUCUAAAUUUAUUUCUGACAAACUCAUAAGUACUUUAGCUAUUCUGGAAUCUAGAGAUAGAUCAUUGUGUCUUUCUUUAGCUGUUUGCUUAUAUAGUCUUCCCGGGGAUUUUAUAUCUGUGUAUAUUUAUAUAAUUACAUGUGUUAAAAUAACUCAAAGAGAACUGAAAAAAUUGGAAAUUGUAAAAGAAAAGGCACAAAGAAAAGCUGAAAUUAAAAAUUCAAAAAAAAAAAAAGAAAUGAAAUCUGAAAAUAUAGAAGUCAAAAAUAUUGAAGAGAUAGAAAAAAAAGAUGAUCAAACUCUAAAACCUUUUGAAGAAAUUCUAAAAUAUGAUAUAUCUAAAUUAGAGGAAUAUAACAAUGAACAAAAAAAGGAAAAGGGAAAUAAAAAAGAGGAAGAGGAAGAGGAAGAGGAAGAGGAAGAGGAAGGAGAAGAAAGAGGAAGAGAUAGAGAAGAAAAAAAAAAUAGAUAUAAAAAUAAAGAGAAUUCAGAAGAAAAAGAUAUAAGUGACAAUUUUUCACAAAGUGGUAACGAAAAUUAUAAAAAAAAAAAACUUAGAAGAGCUGUAGAUUUAGUUAAUUUAAUGCAAAAAUUGAAAAAAAGAGAUACUGUUAAUAAUGAAAAUAAGGAAGCUAUAGAUGGUGAUAGCAAAGAUAAUGAAUUAGACAAAAUAAAUAAUUUAAACAAAAAGGCUUCUAUAAAGGAUGAAGAACGCAUUGAUGAAUUUAAGCAUGAGAAUGAAGAUUCAGUAAAAGUACCAAAUGAAAUAAGCAACAGUUUUGAAAAAAAAGAACUUCAAAAUAAAAAAAGUAGAAGUUUGAAAAAUUCUCAAAAAAUGGAUAAUGAAAAGAUAAAAGAAGAAAAAGGAAGCUUCAAAAAAAAAAAAAAAAAAAAAGAGAAUAGAAAAAAAAAUAAAGAAUUAAAAUUUGAAAAUUUAAAUCUAUCAAAAAACUAUUUUGAAGAAGAAAAAAAAAAAUUACAAAAAGAUAUCGAAAAACUUGAAAAAGAGAAGGAAGAAUUUAAAAGACAAAAAGUUCUUAGAGAAGAAAAAGAGAAGCAAAUGCUAUUAGAAGAAAAGUUAAAGUUACAAAAAGAAAAAGAGCUUUUUGAAAAUGAGAAAUUAGAAAGGCAAAUGUCGCUUAUGCUAAGGAGAAAAGAAUGGGAAAAAAAAAAAGAGGAAGAAUUUAAGAAAAUGAUUGAAGAAGAGAAAUUAAAAAAAGAAAAAAUAAUAAAAGAAAUAAAAAAGAGAAAAGAAAGAGAAAGAGAAAGAGAAAGAGAAAGAGAAAGAGAAAGAGAAAGAGAAAGAGAAAGAGAAAGAGAAAGAGAAAGAAAAAGAGAAAGAGAAAGAGAAAGAGAAAAAGAAAAAGAAAAAGAAAAAGAAAGAGAAAGAGAAAAAGAAAAAGAAAAGGAAAAGGAAAAAGAAAAAGAAAGAGAGAGAGAAAGAGAAAGAAAAAAAGAAAAAGAAAGAGAAAGAGAAAAAGAAAGAGAAAGAGAAAGAGAAAAAGAAAGAGAAAGAGAAAAAGAAAGAGAAAGAGAAAGAGAAAGAGAAAAAGAAAAAGAAAAAGAAAGAGAAAGAGAAAGAGAAAAAGAAAGAGAAAGAGAAAAAGAAAAAGAAAAAGAAAGAAAAAGACAAAAGGAAAAUGAACUAAGAGAAAAAUAUAUAUAUGCAAAUGAGCAUAGGAAUAUAAGUAGUUUUGAUGAAAAAUUAGACCUGAAUCAAAUAUGUUCAAGAAAUUCAAAUUUUGAUGAUGAAAGUAAAAAAAAAAAAAAAACAAUAAAAAUACACGCUAAUAGAAAGGAACAUAGUGUAUAUAGUUCCAGCUAUACAGAAGACAAAUAUAUAAAUAGAAAUGAUAAUUUAAAUGAAGAAAAUAUAGCAAGGUAUUUGUAUUAUAAAACAAAAAAUGAAAAUAUUGGAAAAAAAAAUUAUAGGUAUGAUGAACCUCAUUACGGUAAAGAUAUGAAAAACAUGACAUACAGUGAAAUGAAAAAAAGUGAUUUAUUUAAAGGUUUUGUUGUUCUUUCUGAAAAAAAAAAAAAAAUUUUAAUAGUAAAGAAGCACUGA